UAUUUAUCGUUGACAUGGUGUCGAUUAUGAUGUCCUGGAUGGCUCUUGGAUUUAAUGACACCACCCUAGAGCCAAGCCUAGAAAAGUUCAGGCUGAGUAAUACCGAUUUAGGACGCAUAUUCACGGUCCAGUAUGCAAGUUGCGCUGUCGGUGCUCUUCUUUCUGGUAUCUUCUGUCAUUACGAGGCUGAAAUAUUUGGUUCUCUCUCCGGGCACGUUCUCGCUGCUCUCGCCUACAUCUUGUGGGGACCCGCUCCGUUUAUGGGAUGCGAGGGUUCUCUCUGGAUGGUGUACCUGUCACAAGUAUUCACUGGGUUGUCCUCGGCAGCCAUGUUCACAUGCUCCUACUCUCACGCACUCAAGGUUGUUAGGUUUCGUGGAUUUUCUGAAACCAUCCGGACCAAAAGUUUUGUGUCCAGCAGUGUGUUCACGUUUCUAGUGUUUGGAGGUAUGAUAACACCUCCUUUUGCUGGAUACCUUGUUGAAAUACUUGGCUUCAGAAUGGCAACGAUGGCUUUUUGCGGACUCCUGGCUGCAUGGGUAAAGUACAAUUGA